UUUGAAUGGUCGAGACCCGCGGCUGUUGAUGGUCUAGCGCUGGCUUUCUGACCUGAGGGUCGGCGAAGCCCGACCCUGGCCUACGCAGUCGACAAGCGGAAUUUCAGGCUGGUGAACCGCGUCCUUUCAUUCUGCUCGAGUCUUCACUCGUGUCCGACCGCUACCCACUUUCUCCCGAAGGCCGGUGUCAGACUACAAACGUGAGGUAAACUUGGCCGCAGUCUCCGCCACAGAGUGCCCGGGACCUCAUUGUCCCCUCGAUUAGUUCAGAGGACCGAAUGGGCAUCGCCACGACUUGGGAGAGCUGAGCCCCUUCCAGGUUUCGCCUUUUCCUUGGUGAGAGCUCCGAGACCAUGUCUGCAGAUCUCUUUUCGUCCACGAGAGAGGAGGGGAGCUUUGGCUCAGGCCCCAGCUUUAGGUGCAAUCAGAGGAAGAUGCUACACCUGCUCUUGGAGAGAGACAAUUCCUUUACCCUCUGUCCAGAGCUCCCGAGAACUCCAGGGGACAGACUGCUUAGUGAUUCUGCAAAUCUCAGCGUUUUGUCUGGAGAAACCCCAAAACGUUGCCUUGAUCUUUCGAAUCUUAGCAAUGGGGAGAUGUUUGCCACUCAGCUCGCCACUUCUGCAGACCUUGAUGAAACUGGUCACAUGGAUUCUUCAGAACCUCAGGAAGUACAGUUAGCUGAGAUGAAUCACCACCAGUGCCCUUUGAAAAGCAGCCCAGCGCAGCUUCUUUGUAGUACUCCAAAUGCUUUGGGCCAUGGGCGCAGAAAGAAAGAUGCAGUGUGUACCUCAUCUACAAAUAAAGAAAAUGCACGCAACACUUUGAAGCCUUCCCAGUGGCAGGCACCCAGGAACCUGAGGUUUCAAAAGAGACCAAGGGGGCCUUACGUGUCACCCCUUUCUUUGCUGGACAAUGGAGACUUGGUGGAAAGUGAGAUGAAUUAUUUGGGCAGUCCCAUUACUCUAUUUCCAAAAUUGGAUAAAAAUCCAGAAGCAGUAGAAGAUAGAGCAGAAGAGAUUUCAGAUGAAUUGAUGGAAUUUUCCUUGGAGGAUCAAGAAGAGGGCAAGGCAUCCCUGAACAGAAGCUGCCUUUAUCGCUCACCCUCGAUGCCAGAGGGUCUGAACGGGCCAAGACUAAAGCAGGUAAAAUCCAAGGACAACAUGAUACCAAAUAAAGUAUACAAAAAGUAUUGUUCUGGCCAUAAGAUGUUCAGGAAGGGUGUGGGUCCAAAGAAGACACUUUCCCUCUGUGACGUUAAUAUUGCUCACAUGCUGGAAGAAGAGUCUAACCAGGGGCAUCUGAUUGGUGAUUUCUCCAAGGUAUGUGUGCUGCCAACCGUGUCAGGGAGACACCAAGAUCUGAAGUACAUCAACCCAGAAACAGUGGCUGAUUUACUGUUGGGAAAGUUCCAGGGUCUGAUUGAAAAGUUUUAUAUCAUCGAUUGCCGCUAUCCCUAUGAGUACCUGGGAGGACACAUCCAGGGCGCCUUAAACUUGUAUAGUCAAGAAGAACUGCGUAACUUCUUUCUGAAGAAGCCCAUUGUCCCCUUGGAUGUCCAGAAAAGAAUAAUCCUCGUGUUCCACUGUGAAUUCUCGUCUGAGAGGGGCCCCCGAAUGUGCCGCUCUCUAAGAGAAGAGGACAGGGCGCUGAACCGGUAUCCUGCAUUACACUACCCAGAGCUGUAUAUCCUCAAAGGGGGUUACAGAGACUUCUUUCCAGAAUAUAUGGAACUGUGUGAACCACAGAGCUACUGUCCUAUGCAUCACCUGGAGCACAAGGCUGAGCUGCUGAAGUGCCGAAGCCAGAGCAAAGCAGAGGAAGGGGAGCGGCAGCUGAGGGAGCAGAUUGCCCUGCUGGUGAAGGAUGUUUGUCCCUGAGAACAGGUCAGCCACUGGCUGCUAAGGAGUCACCAAGGAUACUGUAGAAACCAUGAGCAGAAAGAGGCCGUCACCUGUGCAACUAUAUAGAGGCUUUGUAGAGGAUAUCGUCUACAUAGCUCCAAGAUUCUUUGUUAAAAGAUGUUCACGAGCCAACGGGCUGCCAAACUGUUGUAACUUUAGGCCUGGGAUUGUCUAGAUUUCAUCAGAGCGCUGGCUGGUGGCUGGCUGGCAGCUGAGUCCUGGAGCUGGCCCUGUGAAGCUGUGGCCUUGAGUUCAUAGAGAUGUGUGUUGCUUCCAGGAGCUCCUGCACGCUUCUGUCCAACUACUCAUGGUUCCUCACAAGCCAGCCAGACUCUCUCAUGCUGGGCUUCUGCAUAGGCAGAACAGUUUUCCACCUUCUUUCUCUCUGUUUUCUUGUUCCCCUUCUCUCUCUCUCUCUCUCUUUUUUUUUUUUAAAUAGAAAAUAAACAUUGCAGAAUCAGAUGCAAUUGUGAGUCCAGACUGCUCCUAGAAUAUAUAGAAGCAAGAGGUUACUCAUUUAGACUCCUUUGGACAUAGAGGUGUAACUGUCUUUGUUCACAGCUAAGACCAAGGUGCUUUUUUGUAAACUGCUAGGUCUCAGCUGGGUCCUUGGACCAUCAGCAUCAUCUGACUUUGAGAUGGAAAUUUUCAGGUUCACUUCAGACUUACUAAAUCAGAACCUAUUAUGUUAAGGCCCAGAAAUCUGAGUUUUUUAAGGUUUUUUUCUUUAUGUAUUUAUUUUUUAGGAUUGGUUUAUUUAUUUGGAAGUCCAAGGGCCAGUGCCAUGGGUUAUCAGGUAAAGCUACCACUUUGGCGCUGGCAUCCCAUUUGGGCCCAUAUGCAUCCAGGCUGUACCACUUCUGAUCCAGCUCCCUGCUAAUGCAACUGGGAAAAACAGAGGAUGGCCCAAAUGCUUGGGCCUCUGUACCAUGUGAGAGACCCAGAAGAAGCUCCUGGCUUGGGAACGGUUCAGCUCCGGCCUUUGUGGCCAUUGGGGGAUUGAAUCAGCAGAUGAAAGACCUCUCUCUCUCUCUCUCUCUCUCUCUCUCUCCAUCUCUCUCUGUAACUCUGUCUUUCAAAUAAAGUAAACCUUUUUUUAAAAAAAGAAAAGAAAGUCACAGAGAGAGAGGGAAAGACAGAGAGAGACCCUACAUUACUGGUUCACUCCUUAGGGGGCUACAAUGUCCAGAGCUGGGGCAGGAUGAAGUCAGGAGCCAGGAGCUUCUUUUGGAUCUCUCAUGUGUGUGGUAGGGGCCCAAACACUGGGCCCAUCUUCCGCUGCUUUCCCCAGGCCGAUAACAAGGAGCUGGAUUGGAAGUGGAACAGCUAGGACACAAACCAGAGUGCCGACGUUACAGGUGGUGGCAUUACCCGCCACACCACAAUGCUUUCACCUUUAUGUAUUUUUUAAAAAAAGAUUUUUUUUUAUUCACUUGAAAGAGUUGUAGAGAAGGAGAGACACAGAGAGAGAGAGAUUGAUCUUCUAUCUUCUGGUUCACUCCCCAGAUGGCUGCAGUGGCCUGGAUGGGGCCACGCAGAAUCCAGGAGCUAGGGACUUCAUUUGGAUUUCCCACUUGGAUAGCAGGGGCCCAACCAUUGGGGCAUCUUCUGCUUUCCCCAGGCCAUUAGCAGGGAGCUGGAUCAGAAGUGGAACAAUCUGGACUCAAACUGGCACCCAUGUGGGAUGCCACCAUCACAGGCAGUGACUUUACCUGCUACACAACAAUGCCAGCACUUGUUUUAUGUAUUUUUAAUUGACAAAUAAUAAUUGUAUGUAUUUAUAGGUUACAUUGUGAUAAUUCGGUUCAUAAAUGGCAUGAAUACAGUGUGUGAUGAUCAAGUCAGGGUAAUUAACAUAUCUAGUUCUUUAAAAAUUUGUCAUUUUUUUGUGUUAGGAAUCUUCUAACUCUUAGUUUUCUUUUAAAGAUUCAUUUAUUUAUUUGAAAAUUACAGUUAAAGAGACAUCUUCCAUCUGCUGGUUUACUCCUCAAAUGACCAAAUGGCUGGGGCUGGGCUGAGCAGAAGCCAGGAGCCAGGAACUUCUUCCCGGUCUCCUACAUGGGUGCAGGGAGAGUUCUUAACCCACCAUUCCACAACAUCACCCUGCCUGCCUUUUUUGUGAAUAUUUAUUUUGUUUA